UCUCUCUUUCUCUCUCUCUCUCUCUCUUUUUUUUUUUAUUUUUUUUAAAAAACUUUUAUAAAUAUAACAUGGGUAUCCCAUUAUCCAAGGCGAUUGCAAAGAUCUUUGGCAACAAAGAGAUGCGUAUUCUGAUGCUCGGACUCGAUGCUGCAGGAAAGACCACCAUUCUGUAUAAACUGAAGUUGAAUCAGUCUGUUACAACUAUUCCUACUGUUGGAUUCAAUGUCGAAACAGUGGUGUAUAAGAACGUCAAGUUUAAUGUCUGGGAUGUUGGCGGUCAGGACAAGAUUCGACCAUUGUGGCGCCACUAUUACACAGGCACACAGGGAUUGAUCUUUGUGAUCGAUUCACAGGACAAGGAUAGGAUAGACGAAGCACGUCAGGAAUUACACCGUAUCAUCUCAGAUAGGGAAAUGAAGGAUUGUCUAUUGCUCGUCUUUGCUAACAAGCAGGAUCUUCCUGGAGCCAUGACGCCUGCAGAAGUAACAGAACGUCUUCAAUUGCAUACUAUGCGUGAGAGACCUUGGUAUGUGCAUCCGUCAUGCGCCACGACGGGUGAAGGUCUAUUUGAAGGCCUCAACUGGAUGAGCCAGAAUGUCAAGAGCAAGUAAAAAGAAAAAAGAAAUAAAAGAAAAA